GAUAUGGAAAAUAGCACGUGAGCAGGGACUUAUCGCUAUUAAGCGUCCCUCCCUAAAGCACGUGGGGCUACUGUGGGGUAAAGAGACUUUGCAUAGUGUUGAUUCCCCCUCCCCCCAACUUUUCCUCACCCCUUACAAAUCUGUGAUUGAUCAUUACUUGUAUGUUAAAGUUCUAGGGUCAGGCUUGUUAAGGAAGCCAUUAUGGGUAGGUGUCAGUUGUUUCGUGAAUAUGGGAGGAAACUCAGGGAUUGGUCCUUUCUUUCUCACUGUUGGUCUUUGUCACUGUAUUAGUGUUUAGUCUUCAAGUUUAUUGCUGUUCAAGGCAAAAUGCAAAGAGAAUCCUUGCCCCAAUUAGCUCAGUCUGUUAUGUAAGUAAAGGGGUUUAUAUCUACAUUUGGGAGCUGGGAAAACUAUUAUUUUUCUUGCAUGAUGGUAUACUAUAGGUGAUAGUGCUGGACAACAAUCCUUGCCACAAAGAACUUUUCUUCUGGGCUCUCCAUCCCAAAAUCCGAUCCUAACUUUACACAUGAUUUUCUUUUCAGCAUUAGAGAAUAUAUUUGCCGCAUUCCACUUCUGUAUAUUUUCUUUGCUAAAUACGCUAUCCCAUGCUUUAACCUCCUGUGCAGCUUUACUAUUCUCUCUUGUCUUCCCCACACUUGAAAAUCUCUCAACUCUAACUUUUUGGGGGAGAGAAGAAAGUGGUAUAAUUUCUUAAUGCAAAACACCUUUUGAUUGGACAAUUGCCAUGUUAAUUUCUUUUCCUCGUAGUUGAGAAAUUUUUGUUCCCAAUUUUUUUAUUUGUUUGUUUGUUUUAAUAUCCAGAGACUUUAAAGGCAGGUGCAUAUUUUUUAAUGCAGAAAUGAACUUUUUGUCCCCAUGUUCCUUUCCAAACAAACAUUAAAUAUUCACCAUGCAAAACUGAUUUUUAAACUAGAUACUCAUAUGUGAAACAGGAGAGAGAAGCCACAUGCUCUUUAACCUGGUCAAUUGAAAUAUUGGGGCACCUAGACAUCACAGUGAUGGCUAUACAAAAAUCAGUAGAGGGAUAAAGCAGUGAAACUUAUACAACAGAGUAGUCUUGUUCAACAGCCUCCUGCCUGAAAAGUCUGCCCCAAAAUAUCCUUAAGCAUGGCAUGCAGUUCUUCUCCAGCUUUAUUAGGAGACAUGUUGGUUGAGAAAGUAGUAGAAAAAAUUGCUCAAUAUUUGUGCAUGUGCCACAUUGGGAUGUUGUUAAACUUCUAGCAUCCCCGAACAGAUAAUUUAGAGGGUGCAGAAAAUAUUUUUUGACUUCUCUUUACAAAUAAAUCACUGAUUAGAAAGACAAGAGAAAGUGCACCUUUCUUGUUUUUAAUCACUUAUCCUGCAAAGAAAACUUUGCAAAAAGACCCCUAACCGUAUCCCCGGUUGAAUUGUGGUAAAGUCAUUGGCUGAAGAAUGGGGUCACAGCUACUUGAUGUUAAUUAAAAUACCAUAAAGAAUAAAACCAUGAAGAUCUUGCUAUAUUAAAGAAAAAUAAAUGUAUCAGAAAUUGUAAUCAUGGGACUCUAGACUGGUUCAAUGAGCUGAAAGUUUCCCUGAAAUUUCUACAGCAUGCUCUGAUUGCAAAUAUAUCACUACAUACAAAGUCUUUAGAAUAACUUCUUAAAUUGGAGAAAAUGUAAAUGUUAACUGUUAGAAAAACUUUAACUUAAAAAAUUGACCUAAAGUAAGCCAGAAAACACUGAAAUAUGCUGUCUUUUUAACUGAGAUGUAUUUGGGUGUUUCAGCCCACGGGCACCGUGUUGAGGACCACUGAUUACUUGAUUGCUGAGGAUGCCAAGACAACUUUGGCUGUCUUUUAUCUUAAUUUGUUAUACAGUAAUCAGAAAAUUAAUUAUGUGUUGCAUUUUUUCCAUUAAUUUAAAAUCUUCGCCCACAGACUUGCCAUUAAUAAUUUGUUCUUUAAUAUCUUUCUUACAUUGAAGCUCUUCUCUGAUAAAUGGAAGAUGCCAGCUUUUUUGGUUCCUGAGAAACUUGCUCAUAUGUUGACAAGGCACAGUCCUUAUUCUGCUAUUUAGAAAGGCUUGUAGUUUUGUGUGUUACUGUGUUGGAGAUCUACUCUGUGUGGGUGGGGUGGAGGAAGUGCAAAACUGGAUACUGAAGGAGUGUCCAAAACUGGAUACUGAAGGAAUGUACACCAAGGAUGCAAAGAAGCAGAUUAUCUUGACAAUGGCAAUAAUAAAAUGGCAAUCCAGCAGGCUGAUAAACUGCUAAAAAAACACAAGGAUCUUCACUGUGCGAAGGUAUUAAAAGCGAUUGGCUUGCAGAGAACUGGGAAACAAGAUGAAGCAUUUGCUCUUGCACAAGAAGUAACUGCACUCGAACCCACAGAUGACAACUCUUUGCAAGCACUGACUAUUCUUUAUCGGGAAAUGCACAGACCGGAGUUGGUAACUAAACUUUAUGAGGCAGCUGUAAAGAAGGUUCCCAACAGUGAGGAGUAUCAUUCUCAUCUCUUCAUGGCCUAUGCCAGGGUCGGGGAAUACAAGAAAAUGCAACAGGCUGGAAUGGCACUUUAUAAAAUUGUCCCCAAAAACCCUUACUACUUUUGGUCUGUGAUGAGCUUAAUUAUGCAGUCUAUUUCAGCACAGGAUGAAAAGCUCUCCAAAACUAUGUUUUUACCCUUAGCUGAAAGAAUGGUGGAAAAAAUGGUGAAGGAGGAUAAGAUUGAAGCUGAGGCUGAAGUUGAACUCUACUACAUGAUACUGGAACGUUUGGAGAAGUAUCAGGAAGCCUUGGAUGUUGUUAGAGGAAAACUAGGAGAGAAGUUGACCAGUGAGCUCCAGAGUCGAGAGAAUAAGUGUAUGGCAAUGUAUAAGAAGCUGUUCAAGUGGCCAGAAUGCAAUGCACUGUCUAGGAGGUUGCUCCUGAAAAACUCAGAUGAUUGGCAAUUCUAUAUAAUGUACUUUGAUUCAGUCUUUCAACUCAUUGACAAAUCCUGGACUCCUCCAGCAGAAGGAGAGCACUCUUUGGAGGGAGAAGUGCAUUAUUCUACAGAGCAAGCUGUGAAAUUUGUAGAGGAGAGGAUAACAGAAGAAGCUAAGAACUCUCGGCCACUUCGGGGACCCUACUUAGCCAAGUUGGAGUUGAUUAGACGUUUGCGGCACAGAGGUUGUAAUGAUGAAUAUAAACUAGGUGACCCAGAAGAACUAAUGUUCCAGUACUUCAAAAAGUUUGGAGACAAACCCUGCUGUUUCACUGAUCUCAAAGUGUUUGUGGAUCUUCUCCCACCCACCCAGUGUAAAAAGUUCAUCAACCAGUUGCUGGGAGUCAUUCCUCUAUCAGCACCAGCAGAGGAUAAACUUGCACUGCCAGCUGACAUCAAAGCUUUGCAACAACACUUGUGUGUGGUACAGCUAACAAGAUUGCUUGGUCUCUAUCACAUCAUUGACAAAAAACAAAAGCUGAAUGUAGUCCGGGAGUUGAUGUUAAGAUAUCAGCAUGGAUUGGAGUUUGGGAAAUCUUGUUUGAAAACUGAAUUGCAGUUUUCAGAUUAUUACUGUCUGCUUGCAGUUCAUCUGCUCCUUGACAUGUGGCUAGAGGCAGGUGAAGAGAUGGCCGUGUGGCAGUCCUUGACUUUAUUAGAAGAAGGAUUAACCCACAGUCCUUGUAAUGCUCAGUUCAAAUUGCUGCUCAUUCGAAUUUACUGCAAGCUUGGUGCAUUUGAACCUGUUGUGGAGCUUUAUUCCAGCCUUGAUGCUAAGCACAUACAGCACGACACCAUUGGAUACCUUCUGACACGCUAUGCAGAGUCCCUGGGUCAAUAUGCUGCUGCAUCCCAAUCCUGUAAUUUUGCACUCAGGUUUUUCCACUCCAACCAGAAAGAUACCUCAGAAUAUAUUAUUCAAGCCUACAAGUACGGGGCAUUUGAGAAGAUCCCAGAAUUCAUUGCUUUUAGGAAUAGGCUGAACUCCUCGCUUCACUUUGCACAAGUCCGCACUGAACGGAUGUUGUUAGACCUCUUACUUGAAGCAAAUAUAUCAACCAGUUUAGAAGAAAGUAUAAAGUCCAUGAGUCUGCGUCCAGAGGAGGAUGAUAUUCCUUGGAAAGAUUUGCAUGACAACAGAGACCUAACGGUUUUAUUUAAUUGGGAUCCAAAAGACAGGGACAUUUCUGAGGAGCAUAGGAAACUGUCGUUGGAGGAAGAAACCAUCUGGUUGCAAAUCCGAUCUUUAACUUUAAGAUUAGUAAGCGGACUCCCAACUCUUAGUCAUACUGUUCAUCCAAAAAACUCUGAAAAGACUGCUGAGAAUGGUGUCUUAUCCAAAAUUGAUACAAUACGGUCUCUGCUUCAACAACUGGAAGUGGCAGUGGAUUCAGGGAAGCGGUUUCUUGAGCAGAAUAUUCAGUAUCCUGUCCUUGGCCCUCCUCCGACCCGAAUGGCUGGCUUCUUCAGUAAUGGCAGCUGUCAGUGCCAGACUAGCUUGUUUUAUCUUGUUAGUGAUAUUUAUGAACUAGAUACCAAUGGCUUAGAAGAUUCAACAGAACUCCAAGAGAGGAUAGGGAAUAAUUUUAAAUCUUUACUAGAACAAUUAACAGACUUGUUCAAUAAAUGUAAAGGUGACUUGAUGGAAGUCAGAGAUGGCAUCUUGAAAACUCAUCCUAACAUUUUAGAAAACUUAGUCUUUUUUAUUGAGACAAUUUCCAUCACCCUAUGGGUGUCAAGUUACUGUGAUAGCAUCCUACGACCCUUCAAAUCAAGCUUACAGAAAAAGAAAAAGAAAAAAAAAGAAACCAAUGUAGUUCUGCCACCUGUGUUUACCAGUUUUUUGGAUUAUGUUACUGAGCUACAGACAUUAACUUCCAAUGUAAUUGAUCAUAUCAAAGGGCUUGAAAUAAUUCUGACUGCACUUAAACUUGAAGAAUUGUCCAUAGAUGACACUUUACUUUCACAGGAAGAAAAAAAGUUUACAAAGACUGUGCAAGGAAAAGUGCAGAGCAGUUACCAGCAAUCAAUUCAGGAAAUUGGGGAGCUGCUAAAAAAGAGACUUGAUACCAUAAAAAAACUAAAAAUUUAAGAAAUGCACCCUUGGCAUAAAGACUUCACAACAGAAUGACACCGUAAUCCCAGGCAGAAGCAACAUCCAACAUACCAUCACUUUAAUCCAGAACUUCCUCAUAAAUGCAUGAAGGACUUCAAUCAUAACAUAUUUUUUUUAGGUAUUGAAGAUAUAUUCAGCCAAUUAAAUUAUUGUACAUAAACCAGAAGUAGGGACCCUCUGUUAGGGUUUGACCACUUUUUAUACAUGUUCAUAAGCAUAUUGCAACAGGUAAAAUUCAGUUUUCUUCCCUUUUGAUCUCCAGAGUCACCUGGAGAUAAUCUUUAGAAGCAGCAAUAGAAAUCCAGUAUAAAGCAUAUAUCUCAAAGGAGUUGUAUUUUCAUCACCAUACAGUGUUUAUAGUUUUUAUAUGGUCCUUGCCUUAGAAAAGCAGAAAUUGUAGAUGUCCACAUUCAACCUUGGAGCAUAUUGUGUGGCCUCUUCCACUGAAGCAGAUUAGUUCUGGAGCUGUCCGUUCUAUUGACAAGCCACUUGGUUGUGCUUAAAAGGAGACUCAGUACCUUGUGAGUCCAGCAGGGAGAAGUGACUUUGUAUUUGAAACACAUAUUUGUAUUCAGGCAUAUACUGCCUUCCAGUGACCACCAUUAACUGAGGAGGGUCAGAAGUCAUGCUUACAUUGAUGUAGUUUCCUCUAAGAUUGAACCUCAAGAGAUCUUGGAGGAAGGAAAUAGUGUUAAUUUAUACACACUUUAUUUUUAGUGAAACAGAAGUUCAAAAAAUUACAAGCCUGAUAUAAAACAGACUUGAGCAGCCAGCUUUACAAAAACAGGAAUCCAAGUUUCAACAAAAGGCUAGAGGCAAUAUACAUAAUACUUGCAGUUAAAUCUUGGCACCACUGACUCUGAUCUUAUAUCAGUUUCAUGUAGCACAAUAAUCAUUGUGACUUUAAAAGGGGCUUGAAACUUUUAAGAGUUAAUAGUUAGGACUCCAUUCCAUUAAAAAUUAUUUAUCAACUGUCUAUGGUGAUAAGUUGGCAGAAAUAAUGUUUGCUUCCAGAUUGGUAUGAGGCUGAGAGUGCUACUCUUUUGUUUGUGACCACUUCCUUUUGUAACUGAUCUUUUAUGAUUAUCCAAGUAUUUGUACAUUAGUCAUUCUGUUAGAGCAAUGUAAUUGCACCAUCUGAUCCUAUAAAAUCUGCAUUUCUGCUAUUUUAAUUUAAAAAGGAGUAAUAUAGACACACACAAAACAAAUAGGCACAAAUAUGAACAUGUUGUACCUAGGAUCUGAGGGACACUUGAGACUUUUACAGAUUUUUUCUUAUCUUCUGAUUUAAAAAAGCAAGUAUAAUCUGAAUUCUAUAUUUAAAGUUUUAAGAGAGCUGACAAUGUUUGUGUUGCCAUCUCUUCUGAAUGCAUUUUGUUAGACAUGCUAGAAUGUUGACGAGAGUAUUUUUUUAAAAGCCCUAUGUAAAAUUUCAAGUUGCUGCUCUUGCUGGAUUUAGUUUUACUUUGUCCCUUUCUUAAAGGGAAAGAGAACUUCCUAUAAGUUGUUUCAAUUGUGGUGGAUGUGCUUAUGAUGUAGUUGCAGUGUCUGGUAAGUGCUUUGGGCCGGGGAAAAACAAUACCAAAAUGUAUUAAUUCUGUUUUAUAGUGAAACACCUUUCCUGAGCAAACUGUCUUAUAUGUUUGUAUAGAAAUACUUUAGGAAAGACAAGUGUGCUAUUUACAUUAAAACAUGACUCAUGACUAAAGUUGAUCAUUUGAAAUGCAUAGUUUAAGUGAAAACAGUCCCAUCACUAGGAUUGCACAAUGUCUACAAUGACACUGAGGUGAAGUCUGCACUGGGCUUUUUGGCUGACAUAUUUGUAUCUUGUAAACACCAGUAGGAUACGCUCGUGUAGAGGAAGGGCUCCAGACAAACACUGACACUUAGGUACCAACUGGCAGCCAGCUCUGAACAAGACCAGACAGUGCAGUAGUCUAUGCUGAAACUCCUGCCCAUUGCUGUUACCACCAGCCGAGCUGAACCAGUAGAAAAUUUUAGUGAAGCAAGUCAAGACUACCAAUCUUAAAGCCUUGUGUAUGCUAGAAAGCAGAACUUGCUAAACAUGUUUUCCAGCAUCAGUUCCCUUUGAACACAAUUGAAACCAGUGGGUUAUACAUCUGGCUGUGUUAAUUUUAGACUGUUGGCUUGAGUUCUGAGAGUGGGUGGAACCAAGCAUCAGUCACACUUUCAGAAAUGGCAUUGAACAGGCUUGUAUCCAGACUGCACGAGCAUUUAAACCAUUGUCAGUGCCUGUUCAAGAGUAAUAUUCUGUUUUUCCCAGUGUAUAGCUGUUUUCCCAUUUCUACCUGCAGCCACCCAGUUGACCCUAGGUCUAAGAUCAAACCCUAUGAUUCUUUUGUUACACAGUAGAUAUUUCUAUACUAAUUAUGUAGCAUGAAAAUCAGAUUCCAGCUCUUAAAUUUUCAGGGUUUCUCUAUAAAAGAGACAACUAGAUACAUAUGCAGAAAUAGCUUAUUAAUUACUGAGCCUUUGGAAAUCUUUUCUCAAUUCCUAUAAAUUGUGUACAGUUAAAUAUAUAUUUCUUACUAAAGUAAAGAGCAUUUUUCCCCCUCCAGCACAUACACCUUCACUGGGAUUUGAUAGGAAAUCCAGGGUAUAACCCAUUGCUGCUGUUACCCUUUUUUGUGGUGAAAUGAACCAUGUGUUUAGAAAAGCUACCAAGACUACUGUUUACAGACUGAAAAUUAUUGCUUUUAUACUACUGGGAUCAUGAGCCAAGAUCCUUCUACAGAUUUCCUCCUCAAUUGAUUGCUUUAAAUCAUUUGUCUGAUGUGGAUAAAGGUGAAGAGCUCUCCAUCUACCUUUCUCUGCAUAAAGAAAAAUGUAUAAUGCCUACCUGUAUUGCCCAUUGUUUUUGUAUCUUUUAGCAGUUUCAACUGUUCAAAAAUUGCAUUUAUAUUUUGCAAUCAUUAUGUUAAAUCAUGAUUUAUUUUAACCUUUAAUAUAAAAAGGUUCUUUUGUUAUAUCUGCAGUCUUAGCUGAACUUUCUUUUCCUGGCUAUUUGUUGUAAUUUAUGAGUCUGGAAGUUAUGUAUGCUUCAGCCUUCUAUGAAAUUAAGUGACACAACCACAAAGCAAUCUGCUUUAAACUGGAUGGGUUUAUAAUUUAUAUAAAAGUCAGUUUCAUUAUAAAU